AUGAACGACGGACUGAACAAACUAACCUCCGUCGAGAGCGAGUACCUAGAGAAAAGCGGGAAAAAAAGAAGACAAAAAUUAUUACCUCUAAGUGAUGAUGUCUGCAACCACCAGGAUGGGAACUUUGAAAGAAUUUGCUUGUCCACUGUCCAGGAGGAAAUAAAAAAGAACAAAGAACUUGUCCUCCCAAAUGUUUAUGUAAGUGAUAAGAGGGCGGAUCAAGGAGUACAUCCCUCCUGCGUAGACCCAAGUGAAAGCUCUCCCUUAGAUCCAGAAUUGGAGGAAGAAGAUUCUGAGACACUCGAAAUGAUAAAGCAGCUGAGUUCUAUUCGUAUCGACUCAGACUCGGACAGCUCCGUCGGGGGAGAUAAGAUUGUUUGUAAUAAAAAGGAAAAUACACCAAAAAAGCGGAACAAAAAAAAAAGGGGGAAAAACACAAUUACCCCCUUGUGGGAUAAUACGGAUGUGGAAUACGUGGAGGAUGCCAUUGUGUACGAUGAGUCAAAGGACACGGAUUUCCCAGACCUGCUACAACUCUUCCAGGAAUACAACGAGAAGUAUUUUUUUAACACAUUGAAGUCAGUGCAGGUGAAGUGGAGCAACAAAAUGAAGUUAUGUGCAGGAAUUUGUAUAUUUAAGAAAUCAGGCUACUGCUGCAUUCGGCUCUCCCUCCCCCUUUUGAAGCUGCGGAAGAUAAAGGAGUACAGGGAGACCCUACUGCACGAAAUGAUUCAUGCGUUCCUUUUUCUGACGAGAAGCAAUUCUCGACAUGAUGGGCACGGACCGGAGUUCAAGAAGCACAUGUACAGAAUUAACAAAGCGACGGGGCUGUGCAUUACGAUAUAUCACAGCUUUCACAAGGAGGUGAACUUUUACAGGAACCAUGUCUGGAGGUGCACGGGCGUCUGUAGAACUUACCCUCCCCACUUUGGGUACGUCAAAAGGUCUAUGAAUAGGCCCCCCGGGCCCAAGGAAAAGUGGUUGGAAGAGGCAGAAGAGGCUAAGAAUUCAGACACGGUACAUUUGAGCUCGGCCGGUAACAACUCGGGCAUACUUGGGAAGGUGAUAGACUCUACACGCGCGAAGAAUAAAAAGACGACCGCGAAAGAUGGAUUCGAAAAAAGGGCAGACGCUGUAAAUACAGAACUGCUGAACGACGCCAUAGUCAUUUUAGACUCGAAGAAAAAAAUCAAGGAGAAGCAAAAAGAGGUAGACCAGCUGGACAUCAUUAAUUUAAUAAAAACCCUUUUUAGUGAUAACAAGCAGAAGGUGUGGUCCUUCCCGGACUUGUCCGUUGACUACCACAAGGCGUUCAAAAAUGAAAACUACUUUGAAAUAGACUAA